AUGGUGUGGAAAGCAGCUGCUCAGACGAGAUUCCACGUGUUUAAGCAUGAGAACGGAAUCACAGUGAGAGUUAUUGCUUGCUUCCAGCUGCUGCAAAAUUGCCAGGCCGAGUACUUCCGCCAUCUCCUGAAGCCCGUGACUGGGAGAACUUCUCGUUCAUCUGAACUUUCUGCUGGUAGUUCUGUCCGGUGGUUUAAUUUGUUCAUGGGGGACAAGGUUAAUCCCUGGUGCCAUUGGCAUAAUCCUCCAUGGAAAUUCAACACUGAAGUUUCUGCCGGCAAUCUCCACCCACCUAAUGUUUGGCUUGUUAACGCCAAUUCGGUGGCAUUGCCUCCAUAUCUGAGCACAGCUGCUGCACCUGUGCCAUUUUUCACAGCAUCAAUUGCUGAGAGACCUCGUUCAAUAGCUCCGAGAUAUGCCACAACAUUGGCACCAAGUUUGGAGUUACCUGCACUGUAUCCCUCACGUAAGAGACCUCUAGUUUUCUACCAGAAGGAAAAUCAUGCUCCUAUUGCAGCUCCUUUGCUGAGCAAGGGGCCACUGGAUCCUGUGCCAGAGCUCCAAGGUAGCAACGAGACUAAUGUAACUGAUGUUGGAGCAGAGGAAACUGAGGGUAUUCAUGAGAACACAGAUGAGAUCAAUGCACUCCUGGACUCUGAUUCAGAUGAAGGGUGUGAAAAACUGCAUGAACUCGAAAGAGUCAGGAGGCAAUCUCCUGCAGAGAAUGACACCCUGAGCGUCGAGUCAGUGGCCAGUGCUGGUGCUGCCACAGGUUCUGCACCGCCAGCCAAGAAGAGAAGGCUCAGCUCUUGUACUGACAAGUCUGUUGUUGACACCGCCAGUUCAGCAAGGCCUGAUCAUUCCAUUGAGCAGAAGCUUCUUGUGAAUGACUGUGAUGCGCAGUCAUGCUGCGUCGGUGAAGUGGAAAGCGACCACAAGUUUUCUCUGGGGGAGGUAGAAGCCGCAGAAGGUGACAGCCCUGAUGAUCAGAAGCGAAGAAGAGAGAGGAUCCAAGAGACUGUUGCUGCGCUCAGGAAUAUCGUCCCUGGGGGCAUUGCCAAAGACGCCACCUCUGUUCUUGAUGAAGCAAUCUGCUACUUGCAGUAUCUGAAGCUGAAGGUCAAGACGCUGGAGCUGUCUCCCUCUAGCUCCUGGACAGUUGUGAUUUUUGGUUCUGGAAGCCACUGGCUUCUGCUGCUCUACAUAUAUGAAGUACUAGCAUUUGGUAAUAAGGUGAAGAUGCCAAAGAUAUCUCAGGUUGGUGCUUCAGGACGCGCCAGAGGUGAAUAA